AUGAAAGGACAAGGAACCAAGUUACAGCUACCACUCAAGUCAAUUACUGGGGAAUUCAAGGUGACCAAGGUUAGACAACAUCUGACGUUAAAAAACAGCAGGAAUGAGAAAGUACGAUCAGCAAAAGUAGAAAUAAGAACUGGCAGGAAGUGGUCAACAAAGAAGACGAUAGAAGAUGCUGAGUCACGAUUAAAACACAGUGAGAUAGUGGGCAGAGUUGCAGUUGGAAGACAGGGGCUGGAUGUUACACCUACAGCAAAAUGGAGAACAGCAACAGUGGAAGAAAAAAGACAUCUGGUACAGAAAGAGGUACGAUCAAUGGAAGAAGAAAGUAGAAUGGUAAAGGCAGUGAGUAUGAAGAAGCAGGGAAGCUGGUUAAACUGGGAGGGAGCAAGACAGCAGAAGUUAGGAUGGAAUGAGAUCUGGAAGAUGGAGCCACAUAGGUUGCAAUUUAAGCUGAAGUCAGUAUAUGAUGUAUUGCCAAGCCCAACAAAUCUAGCAACAUGGGGAUUGAUAGAUGACCCAAAGUGUGUUCUUUGUGGUAAGCCAGCAAACUUGGAGCACAUCUUAUCAUCAUGCUUGAGUGCUUUGAAAGACGGGAGGUAUACAUGGCGACACGACAAGGUAUUAGGGACACUAGCAGACACCUUAGAGAGAAACAUCAGGAAGCCAAGGAAAAACAAGGAAGGACUUACUUUUGUCAAUUUUGUUAAGGAAGGAGAGAAAGGUCAGAAGAAGAAGGUGGAAGGAAGUGGUUUAUUGGUAACAGCAACUGAUUGGCAAAUGUUGGUAGAUCUUAAACAGAAGUUACAAUUCCCUCCACAGAUUGCAGUAACAAACCAGAGACCUGACAUCGUCAUUUGGUCCGCCUCAACAAAACAGGCAAUCCUGCUGGAACUAACUGUACCAUGGGAAGAAAGAAUAGAAGAUGCCUACGAGAGAAAGAGACUGAAGUACCAAGAUCUACUUGCAGAAUGUAGAGACAAUGGAUGGCGGGUUUGGUUAUUUCCAGUGGAAGUGGGAAGCAGAGGGUUUGUUGGACAGUCUAUGUGGCGAGCAUUGAGAGCACUUGGUAUUGUUGGAGGGGAAAGAAGUAAACUGAUAGGGAACUUGUGUAAAGAGGCAGAGACAGCAUCGAUGUGGUUAUGGAGGAAAAGGUCAGAACAGUGGAAGCAGUAA